AUGGCCUUUGCUAUCUUUCAUCCCUCUCAUGCCCAAAACUUGCCACGAGUCUACCUCAAUGCUCACAAUGCGGCUCGAGCCGAGGUGGGCGUCAGUCCUAUGAGAUGGAACUUGACCAUAGCUCGCUAUGCCCAGAACUAUGCAAGAAAGAGGAUCGGCAACUGCAGCCUCGCGAAUUUCAGUGGGGACUUUGGGGAGAACAUAGACAGGGGUUCCGACGAUUCCUUCACCGGUGGGAUGGUGAGAAGCCUAAUUAUGACUAUAACUCAAACUCUUGUGUUGGGGAAGAGUGGCAAUAUACUCAGCUUAGGUGGUGUGGCGUAUCUCAAUUCGUCUCGGGUGCGCUCGUGCUUGUUCAUUCCUAUAUUUUAUAGAUGGUCAGUCAAUCCAAACGGUGGUGUCCUUGAAUCUCUCGGAUACAAGGAGAGUUAUAGAGUUGAUGUUGAUACACCAGAAGGAACUUGGGUAGAGGCUGCCAGUUUCCACGAUAUUCUCAUCUUUAACACGGGACACUGGUGGUGGGCUCCUUCAAAGUUUGACCCUGUAAAAUCACCCAUGCCUUUCUUUGAAAAGGGUUGCCCAGUGGUGCCUACAAUACCGCCUGAUGCUGGCCUUGAUAUGGUUAUAAAGCACAUGAAUAUGAAAUGGUCAGACUGGUACAAGAUAAUGGAGAACUGUAUAACCGUAAGUGAGCAAAACAACUAUUUUCACUUGGUUUCAGUUGCUAUUUUGAAAACAUCUGCAAUAACUUGGUCCAAAAUUGAUGCAUCAAAUAAGUGGAAAUGCAGAAAAUUUCUUGUAUUCUUUCGUACUCAAUCCCCCAGACAUUUUGAAGGAGGUGACUGGGACCAAGGUGGUUCUUGUCUGCGUUUACAACCUUUAUCGCCUCAAAAGGUGAGGAAAGUUCUGGUUUCAUGCUUUGGUAUUUCUCAGGUUGAGGAACUUUUCUCUUUGACAAAUAAUGGAACAAAUGUGGAGGCACGCCUUAUGAACCAGCACCUGUACAAGGCCCUUCAAGGUUCUGGUUUCCAUAUGUUGGACUUAACCCACAUGAGUGAGUUCAGAGCUGAUGCGCGUCCAUCUACAGCUGGUGGAAAGAAACACGAUGACUGCAUGCAUUGGUGCCUACCGGGAAUUACAGAUACUUGGAAUGACUUACUCAUACCGAAUCUAGACAACAUCAAGGUUGGGAAUUGAAAUGUUAUUGUCAUUUAUUUUCACUUGGAAAUUGCUUUAUUUCUUUUCCAUUGAUAUUUUUGUUUUAUUCUAAGCCACCAUGGUGGGUUUGGAAUUCGGUCAUAUUUGGUUGUACCUAAUUCAUGUAGCAAUGAGGUAUAUAGCUAUUUAUUUAUAUUGUGCCAUAGCCAGUGUUUUACCCCACGUAUAGAUUGUAUGGCUUGUAAGCGAGAGAGAUGAGUAGAAUCUGAUUGUGUUUUUCCUAAUGUUUGGACAUUAUGGAAUAUUUUUUUGGGAAUUUCGCAACAUUUGGG